AAUAACACGGCUGUGUCGGUAAAACAAACAUGGCGUCUUUGUGUCGGGGGCUCAUCGCCGCUUUUGUGGUGAUUUGUGCUCUCUCCUCUUUAGUGGGAGCAAAGCGUCAGAAAAGCAAGAAGCAACCAACAGAAGAAGAGCUGUACUUUGCAGAACUAAUCAAACAAGCCAUAGAGUAUGCGGAAGAAGCCUGGGCCGAGGAUACACGCAAGAAAACGGAAUCUUACCAUCAAGGUAUUGACAUGAAGAACCAGAGAAGCGCUGAUGGCCAAUUGACCUUGUUCGCAGACGAGGAUCCGGAAGGUCAACGACUAGAGAAACUAGCGUUUGUUUCGCUAGAAGCAACAAAGAAACUGGAACGAUCGUCUAAUAUAACCAUUACAACCAUCCGUAGUUCCAAGACCUGGUUGAAGAUAUGGAGGUCACUGAUCCAUGCAUAUUGUGAUAAAACAAAGAUCACCUGUGAUCCUAAGACCUUGUACCGGUCCGCAAACGGCUCGUGUAAUAAUCUGAACCACCCUAGCUGGGGGAUGGCCUUCACCCCCCAGCAGCGGUAUCUACAGCCAAGCUAUGAUGACUGGAUCGACCUACCUAGAAAGAAGUGUCAUGCGGGACGUCUCUUGCCAAGCCCCAGGAAGAUCAGUAACACAUUGUUCUGUGAGGAAAACCACAAACCUAGGAUAGCUAAGAACCACACUAUCAUGGUGAUGGCGUGGGGACAGUUUAUAGAUCACGAUAUCGUCUUCACGCCUCUCCCUAAAGGUGCAAACGGUUCUGCUAUCAGCUGUUGUAAUAAAGAUUCUUCGGAACGGCUACGCCCUGAAUGUUUUCCAAUAGAAAUACCCAAAGAGGAUCCGUAUUUUGGUAACAAGACGUGCAUGAACUUUAUAAGGUCGACGGCUAGUCCUUCCCACUCCUGUCUCCCAGCACCUCGCGAGCAGCUUAACCAGGUGACAUCCUUCAUAGACGCCUCCACUGUGUAUGGCUCGUCUGAAAAAGAAACCAAUUCUUUGAGAGCAAUGAAGAAAGGGUUACUUCUGACAUCUAAAGGAGGAUUGCCCCCGGUUGGUAAAGAGAAAUCCUGUGUACUUACUCAUCCCGGGGAGUAUUGCUUCCGAGCAGGGGAUAAGCGAGUAAACGUGGUACCAAACCUUAGCGUGACGCAUAUUCUGUUUAUAAAACAACACAACAGAAUCGCCAAAAGACUCGCGAGGAUGAACCGACAUUGGACAGAUGAGAUUGUCUUCCAGGAAACAAGAAAAAUAAUUAUAGCUCUGAUGCAACACAUAACGUACAGAGAAUAUCUACCGAAAACGCUAAACGCCGAGCACAUGAGUCGGUAUGGUCUAAACUAUUAUCCAGGGAAGUUCAACGAUGUGUAUAAUCCUUUAAUUAAUCCCGGAACUAGAAACUCGUUUGCUGCCGCCGCAUUCCGCUACGGACACUCCCAGAUUCCUCCAACCCAGUCAGUGUUAUCUUCUGAUCAUGUGACCUACAAACACUAUCCAUUAGAGGAAACGUACCAUAAGCCUUUCCUGGCCCAGGAGGAGAAGGGGAAGAACUUGGCUGGACUGCUACGAUGGCUGUCGACAGAACCGACUACAUGUAAUGAUAGGGUUUUUGAGCCGCAGGUGCGUGAUCUUUUAUUUCUUGACAAGAAAGGCAACAGCCUUGACCUUCCUGCCAUCAACAUACAGAGGGGCAGGGACCAUGGCCUGCCCUGUUAUAACGAGUGGAGGGAAUGGUGUGGACUACCGGUGGCGAAGAGUUUUGAUACUGGGGAAGGUGGUCUGGUAGAUCACGAUCCUGUUUGUGCUGGUCUCCUGAAGAAGGCAUACGGACAUGUGAAUGACAUUGAUCUAUACGCGGGGGCUAUAAGCGAGAAACAUAUUACGGAUGGCGAGGUCGGGCCGACCUUUGCAUGCAUCAUCGCACGGCAAUUUCACGCAUAUAAGUACGGAGACCGAUUUUGGUACGAACAUGCCGGCAAGCCAACCGCUUUUACAAGAGCACAACUGAGGCAAAUAAAGAAAAUCACAUUAUCCAAGAUAACCUGCGAUAAUUUUAAGAUUAAGAAAAUACAAAAGGACUCCUUCACGACCUUAUCCCCAAGCAAUGCAUUAACUGCGUGUAAGAAUUUGCCCAAGAUGAAGCUUAGAGCUUGGAAGGAGACCAUUGCUGAAACAAAAAAGAAGCACGGUUCGAAUUAUUGAAUAAACUGUUCCGUUUCCGUU